AUGUCGCAACCGCGUCUUCGAGAAAUGAGAUGUGAGGUGUCGUUUUUGAAGAAUGCUGAUGGCGGAUGCAGCUAUUCGCAGGGAUCCACAGCGGUUUGGGCUUCUUGCAGUGGGCCAGGAGAUGUUCACGUUUCACGAUCCAAUGAAGAAUGCAUGACGGUGGAUGUGAGCUUUCGCGGCAACUAUGGAGACAAUAAAUUCCAUCCGCUCAACAACAUCAUCACAUCAACAGUUUCGCGUGUGAUUAAUUUGGAAUUAUUUCCGCACACGUGUCUUGUGAUCACCGUUCACGGACUUCAAGAUGAUGGAAGUAUGGGCGCGGCCGCUCUGAACGCGACAUGCUUCGCACUUCUUGACAACGGCAUUCCUUUUAAAUCGAUUUUCUGCGGUGUCGUCGUUGUUCGCGUGAAUGGAGCCCUUAUUGUGGAUCCGACAUUGAAGCAGGAGAAGUCGUCUGAUGCUCAAAUCUUGUUCUCGAUUAUUCCGUCGUCAAAGAAUGUGCCGGAAGUUUGCGGAAUGGAUUCUGUGGGCAGUUUAACGGUUGAGGAACUCGACGCGGCUUGGCAACUUGCCAGCGCUUCGGCUAGCAAUAUUUUCGAGUUUUAUCGAUCUACAAUGAAAAAGAAGCAUUCGAUAGACCAGCAAUAA